AUGCUGAGGACGGUACCAGCAGUAGCACAGCAGCGAGAUCCUGUCCCUGCGUGUUGCAGAGUGACAAGUGCUCAGGUCCCCAACUUUAUAACCCUGCAAACCCGGGAGCCCACAGAUCAGGUCCCGCCUCGAGACACCUCCGGGCGUCCUUCUGCCCGGACGCACUGCAUCCGCGAGCGCUUGGCGAUGCGCUCUCCUCCCGCCGCCCCGCAGCACCGACCCGGGGCCUCGCCGCUCCGCUCUGCUGCUCCUCAACAGCAGGCGACCCCUCCGUGCUCGCCCGCUCGCCCUCCCUCUCACCCUCCCGCGGUUCUCUCACCUUCGGAUCCGGCCCUGCACCCCUGUCCGCCUUUCCGGGGGCCACGCGCGACCGUGCGGUGUGUCUGUCCCCCGCUGCGGUCACCGAAAGGUCCCGCGCGUGUGCGCGCGCGCCGCCGGGGAGCGCCCCUUCCCCAAUGCACCCCGUCGCGCACCUUCAGCGGGGACCCGGCGGGCCAGCGACUCCCAGGCGGUGACUGCGGGCGACCAUCCCGUCCCGGUCAAGCGCAAGGUCUUGGCGUCUGCCCAGGCGCCCCCUUCGCCCGCUCCGGCCGCCGCGCGGACAGCUCAGGGGUGCCCAGACCGCGCUCUCCACAGCCCCCCGCGCCGGCCGCCUCAGGCAGCGGGGGGCGUCACUCCCUCACCUCGGGGAGGAACAGCGACCGACGCCGCGAUCCCAAGCCCUCCGUCCCCGCGCCCCCGCCGCCGCUUACCGCGUUCCCUUCGCUGUGGCGCGGGAGUUGGAGAGCGCCUGUGCCGCCGCGGGACUGUCGCCUUCCGUGUCUGGCCCUGAGGAGGGGAGGCUGCAGCGCGCCCGCCGGCUUAAGACGGCCGCUCUGGGGCCAGGCGAUGCUCCACCGUGCCCUCCCUCGGGGCCGCAGCGCGCCUGCUCCUCCGCCGAGCCCCGCGCGCCCCGCCUUCCCGCCUUCCUUCCCCCCCUUCCCCCCCCCCCCCCGCCCCAGACCGGCGCGCCACUAA